AAAUCAGAAAGGUGAAGAUUCUUCGAGAGCUGUGGUUCUGUUUACCUCUUAACUCGCACUUUGAUACGCUUGCUUUGUUUUGUGCUGUGCUUUUGUUGCAAAUCUCACUCGUAGCUAUGGCCAGCAGCAUGAUUCUGUACUGGGGUUCCGGCUCCCCUCCUUGCUGGAGAGUCAUGAUUGCUCUGGAAGAGAAGAACUUGCAGGGCUACCAGCAUAAACUGCUAUCUUUUGAGAAAAAUGAGCACAAGUCGGAGCCAGUUAUGGCGAUAAAUCCCAGAGGACAGCUUCCCUCAUUCAAGCAUGGCGAUAAUAUAAUUAAUGAAUCCUUUGGCGCCUGUUUAUAUUUGGAGAAUCAGUUCAAGUCUCAAGGCACCCAGCUGAUCCCUGAUUCCCCAGCAGAGCAAGCGCUUGUUUACCAGAGAAUGUUUGAGACCCUUACUCUCCAACAAAAAAUGGCUGAUGUCAUUUAUUAUACCUGGAAGGUUCCUGAGGGUGAGCGUCACGACUCUGCUGUGAAGAGGAACAAGGAGGCUCUGAGUGCCGAGCUGCAGCUCUGGGAGGGCUACUUUCAGAAGAUGGAUGCUGGGUCGUAUGCGGCAGGAAAAUACUUUACAAUGGCUGAUGUCAUGGUUUUUCCACAGAUUGCUUAUGCAUUCCGCUUUGGGUUGUCCCAGGAGAAGUUCCCCAAGUUAGAAGAGUACCAUAAUCUAGUGAAGGAGCGCUCCAGUGUCCAGGCUUCCUGGCCACCUCACUGGAAAGAAACCCCCCAGGGAAUGGAAAUUCUUAAAGACCUCUAAUUCAGCUUCACCUGUGAGGUUUAGGAAUAAAGCACUUUCUGUCUAUCUUACUGAACACAAUGUUAAAUGAUUGAGUCAUGUAAGACUCUUAUUUACAGCACUGUAUGAUUUGUGUAGUUUUGUUUGGGUGUCCUUAUGAUUCCAAAGUUACUGUUAUUAAAAUCUAAUUAUGACAUAUUGAUUAUAGUAAAAUAUAUAAAAAGUUGUACAAUCAAAAAAGAUCCCCAAGGACUGUAAAUUGAACUGUGAAGUGCCUCCUUUUCAGCAACAGCUAUAACACCAGUGCUAUAUACAUUCGUCAAAUCUGACUAUAACCUGUUAAUGCUUUUGUUAUGUUUUUUGUUGUUUAACAAUUUUCUGGUCUUGUAAAGUCUAGUCAAGUUAGAUUAACACUGUGAAACAUUUUCAGGUUGUUCAAAAACGUUCACGUGUAAUCGCAUUUGCAUCAUCAAAUGCACAGAGCUAAGAUUGGCAUGUCAUUAUAGAAAGUGGUUGAAAAAUCUGGAGUGGCCUUAUUAUCAUAAAAAUGCACUACAAACAGUAAAUAUGAAGCACCCAAUACUAGAAUAUUAUAAAUGAGAUCAACAGAUCUUUGUGUUUAAAACAGUAAUGUUAUAGAGUUUAUUAGUUCUGUAUUCUUUGUUGUUGCAUUAAAAUUCCAUCUUAAUUAAA